GAUGCUGACAAUGAAUGCUUACAGGUGGAUUGUCCUUCUAGCCCUGUGCUUUAUUUGCAUUUCUUCAAAUGACGAGCCGGACUUUGAAAACCCUUGUGAGUCAUAUUCAGAUGCUUGUGAGACGCACACGCUCAGCCGUCCGCUUGGCUCCUCUGUGCUCCUCCCAUGCAACUUUACAACAAGUAGCCUCAACUGGGUGUCGUGGGCCCACACUCCUGGGCUGGACCUGGUCCAUCUCACAUCUGAGGGUCAUAUUAAGUUCCUGGACCACAGGUAUGGUCGGGUGAAAGCCUUUCCAUACCAGGCCUCAGAGGGGAACUUCUCCAUCCGCAUCGAUGAGCUUCAAAACUCUGACCUGGGGUGCUAUCACUGUAAGCAGGGACAUGACUGUCUUCAAGUGGAGUUGGUUGCUGAAAGAGGUGCUCAGAGCGGAGACAUGAUGCUACUGAUUUACAUCUGUGUUGGCGUGGCUGCUUUCACUCUGCUGAGCAUCGGUGGCUACUGCUGCAUGAAGUGCAUAUUGUGCUGUUAUAACAGAACAAAGGACAAUACAAACAACCCUGAAGGUGCAGGCACUGACGGCGCCAGUGCUCCACCUGAGGAAACAGGCAGAGUGCCUGCACAUCAACAGCAGAGAGGAGGGGGCAACGAUAAUCUUGUUUAUGAAAAUGAUGACCAAGACCCAUCCAGCAAGCAGGAGGACCCCACCAGAAAUGAUUGCAGUACAGUAGGAGGUCUGCCCGAUCCAGACAGGACUCAACCCGCUCAGAGCACCAGUGGGAUUUAUCCAAACCUGAACCAGUUUGAGAGGACGGAAAGUCAGAGAACAGAACAGGGAUUUCAUAGAGAACUCUUCAGAAGAUUACGGCAAGCAAGUCGGAGUCGGCAUUAUUACGUUAACCAAGGUGAAAUCAGCAGGCAACAAGCCUUGUCAACUCAGGCAGAGAAUCAUCAGAAAGCAGCAGCAGCAGCAGCAGAAGGUUUUGGGAAGAAGAAGAAGAAGAAGGUCACGGAAAGUAAGUGCUGACUUCCUCUGUGGGCAUGUUUGAGAUGCAAUAAAACUGUGGCUCAACCGCUGUCCUACUUCUCCCUGUCAGAUAUCCAACUCAAAAACCCAAUUUACAACAGGAGCCUGGACCAGCUCAACCACCUGUAGAGAAUAAAGGAGAGUUUAAACAGCUGUAGAGAUAGUUUUCUCAGUACCAACAUACUUUCCAAUUAUAUCCAUUGAUUAUUAAUUUCACAUAUUAAACUUGAUACAUGUCUUGUUGUAUUUGUUUGCUGUAUAAUUAUACUGUAUUCCUGUACAAGAAACAGUCUGUGCAUGUGUUGAAUGAGACAAACCUGUGUAAGCCAUUGGUUAUUUUAUGCAUGUGAGAAGCACUUUCUGACCAUAUAAAAUGCUUUCAUACUCUCAGUUUGAAUAAUAAGCCCUUUGUUUGUUUGUUUUUUUAACCAAACUGCACUCACAUCUGCAAACAGUUUCAGUCUCAGGUUCACUUGCAUUGCUUUAACUGUGGGAGGAUACAGAACAAGCUCCAGAAAAGACCCAGAAAGCAGCUGAUUUUAAACACAGGACCCUCAAACUGUGGAGCAACAGAGUUACUGACACUUCUUCAGUUGAGAGUCGUGCCAAUUAAGCCAAAUGAGAAGCAGCUGCUCCACCUGUGACAGAGUCUCAGUAUCCAAAGAUGAAGGCCCACAGAACAGACUUCAUUUUGGUGACGUGCAUUUCAUUAUCGCUGCUUCUUCUGAAACGUGAAGCCAAUGCUGCUUCAAAACCAUUCCAAGCAACAGUUUCUGACACUAAUAGUGAUACGUCGAUCUGCCACGAUGGGUUCAUGUCUGUUUACAUAUCAAAGGGGCAAUUUGCUGAUCUUCCUCUCACCAUUUAUGUUCAAGGUAAGUCAGACACCAAUUAUAUGAAACCAACGAUGACACAUAGAUUUGCAGCGUUAACUCUGCUCUUGUAUGUGUCCAAAUUUACACAGAUGAACACGGCGGAUAUUACCAAGCCAUCGCUGUAGCAAAACGGUGCCUCUACUUCCUUGGAGAAAGUGAUGCCUUUAUUGUGUUAACAGUUGCUUCCCAUGGAUGUUUUGUGAGAAGACAAACUGGGGAGCAGUUGAAAUCGUCAAGUCAAUACCUCUCAUCUGUGAAAGGAAGAUUAAGGAGGUGAACAAAAAUGAUGAUCCACAAAUU